GCUUCGACCAGCUCCACCGCUCGCCCACGCUCACACGCGAACGCUCAACACAGAAUAGUCCUCGUUCCGGCUGUAUUCAUCAUCAAUAUUUCGCUUCAAAUUCUCGGUGUAUUUCUGAUUGAUUGAAGUCACCAUGUAUUCUGCUGCUUGGAUUCUCUGCUUGGCAGCCGUGCUUUCAGUGACUGUGAAAGAUGGGGACUGUGCUGAAAGGCAACUGAAUGGCUGGUCUGAAUGUGCCCAACGAUUUAAAGAGCACAUCGAGGGCUGCACGCUGGAAUUCUUCCCAUUGUGUGCUAGCAAUGGAGUCAUUUACGGGAAUCUCUGCGCCUUCUGCAGGGCUAUUCAAAACGAAGAGCUUCCACGUGGAGUGACCUUCGAGUACGGUGCAUGUUAGCUUGUCGGCACGGCUAUUGUCGUCAUCAUAUUCCUUAAUUGGAAGUAAUUUGCGUAAAGUUAUUAUAAUCCCGAACACUUGCAUGCAUUUCCAGACAAUAAGAACAAAAUUGUAUGGAUAUAAAUUUAACAGGCAACUUUUUUUUCGUUUUCCCUCAGAAAUCUGACGGCUUGAACUGUGAUAAUACCGCUUUCUGUUAAGCGAUGAAAACAAGCCAAAUGAAAUGAGUCCUUUUAUUAAUUAUUAAAUUAUUUCCUCUUUCAAUCAUAAUAGAGAAAAAAAUGAUCUAGCCAUUUACUACAACAACUCAAAAUGUGUGCUAACGGUGUUGCUCAUAUUAAUGAUAAUUUUCAGUUGGUAUUAAGUUCUAAAUUACAAUUUCUUUUAAAAGGGAGACAUCCAAAUAAAAUUCGGAUCAGGAUCUUCAAGCAAA